UUUUUUUUUCAGAUACUUUAAAGCUAGUCAGCCAGCACGAUGGGUUUCCUUGAAGAAAGGGAUUUGUGUGAAGUGCCCACCAUCCCUGAGUUCUAUAAGGGAAAGACCAUUUUUAUCACUGGAGGAUCUGGAUUUAUCGGGAAGGUCCUGAUUGAGAAGCUCCUGUACUCCUGCUCGGAGCUGGACAGAAUAUAUCUGCUGAUGCGAAACAAGAAAGGAGUCAAGUCUGAAGAUAGGCUCGCCCAAUUAUAUGCUACUCCUUGCUUCGACCGCCUCAAGAAAAAGAAGCCAAACGUCUUUAAUUCGAAGGUCUUCAUCGUUUCUGGCGAUGUUUUGGAACCUGGACUAGGUUUAUCACAAGAAGACAGGGCUCUCCUAGUCAACCGAGUGAAUGUGAUCUUCCAUGUAGCUGCUAGCGUCAGAUUCGACGACACGCUGAAGUAUGCUGCCCAGAUGAACCUUCGAGGCACCAUGCAGGUGAUGGAGCUAGCCAAGGAAGUCAGGGAUUUAUCUGCUGUCGUCCACGUAUCGACUUCGUAUUCUAACACGAAUAGAGAUCCGAUUGAGGAGGUCCUAUACCCUCCUCUGGCUGAUUGGAGGGAAACACUGGCUGUCUGUGAGUCUGCUGAUGAGCAUACCAUGAGAGUGCUGACUCCGAAGUACCUUGGAGAACUCCCAAACACGUAUACCUUCACGAAGCAGCUGGCAGAGCAUGUGGUAGCUGAAUACAAAGGACAGCUUCCCAUCGUCAUCGUCAGACCCUCAAUAGUAAUUUCGAGUGUAGAAGAGCCAUCUCCUGGAUGGAUUGAGAACUUCAAUGGUCCUGUUGGAAUUUUUGUGGCAUGUGGCAAAGGUAUUAUGCGAACAAUUCAUACGAAACCAGAUAUCAUUUGUGAUUUUAUACCCGUGGACAUUUGUGCUAAGAAUAUUAUUGCAGGCGCUUGGAUUAGAGGAACAAAGCCCCUCGAGCCCACAGACGACAUAGAGAUCUACAACUGUUGUUCCGGCAACCUAAACAACAUGUUGAUGGGUGACCUGGUUGAGAUGUCCAAACACGUCUCCAAGGAGGUGCCCCUGGACGACAUGCUGUGGCACACCGGCGGCACCAUCACCACCAAUCCUGUGUACCAUUAUAUUAAGGUCCUAGUACAACAUUUGCUGCCGGCCUUUCUAGUGGACACGCUGCUCUGGCUAAUUGGAAAGAAACCUAUGCUGGUCAAAGUCCAACGCCGCAUUUACAUAGCGAACCUCGCGCUCAGCUACUAUCUGACCCAGCAAUGGACAUUUGACAACACCAACUUUGUGCAGCUCCGAUCAGUACUGAAACAAGCAGAUAUGAAGCAGUUCUAUUACGACCUGGAGACGACUGAUCUGGUGGAAUACUUCACCAAGUGCUGCUUAGGAGGCAGGAGGUUCUUGCUGAAGGAAAAGGAUGAGGAUAUUCCGAAAGCCAGGGCACAUUGUAAAAGAAUGAUGAUAUUAGACCAGGCGAUGCAGGUUCUAUUCCAUGCCGUGUUCUUAUGGUGGGUUUGUAAUAAGAUCGUGCAACUGUUUGGCAUACAGAGUAAUUUGUUUUAAUAUUACAUUUAAUAGUUAUGUAAAUAAUUAUAGUUAUUAAAGUAUAUUUUUUCAUUUUAAA